AGGGUGACUGGAGGGGAAAACAACCGUGUGGGAUCCGCGCUGACUUAAUAAAAUCAUGUUCCGACUACGAUAUAACCCGCAUACGGAAAUGCCCACAACUGGUCCAUUACAAAAAAGGAAGGAAAGAAAAUGAUCAUAUAUAAUACACGUGAACAGCAUAUAAUAUAAUGUUAUAAAAUAAUGCUCUCCUUACUCUGCGUUUUAUGGGUUGGCUUUACACAGUCAACAAAAUACAGACUAUACAUUUCACACAUUAUUUAUUACCUUCUACACCCUUUUGUCUUAUUUUCCACUUUCUUCUAUAUAUAUACAUAUAUUUGACAUUCUUGACACAAAUUAUAUCAAACCUGUAUUGCUAUUUCAGAGCUGGGCGUGGUGUGUGGUUCUUUGAUUUAGAGAGACAGAUAUGGCGAGGCGUUUUUCUUUUGAUGAUUACAAGCCAGCUGUGGCUAUGGUGGGUUUGCAGUGCAUUUUUGCUGCUCUUGCUAUCUUCAGUAGAGCCGCUUUGCUUCAAGGGAUGAGCCCCAGAGUCUUUGUUUUCUAUAGAAAUGCCAUUGCCACUCUAGCCAUGGCUCCUGCUAUUUUCUUGUCCUCAAAGAAAAGUGGCAGCAGGGUUUCCAUUGGAUUCAAAGGCUUUUUUGUCAUAUCUGUCACUGCUCUUGUUGGAGUAACGGCAAACCAAAAUGCCUAUUUUGAAGGCCUAUACUUAUCCUCCUCAUCAGCGGCGAGUGCCAUCGUUAAUUUGAUACCGGCUAUCACUUUUGUUAUGGCAGCCACUGUUGGAUUGGAGAAAAUAAAAGCAAGAAGCUGGAGAACUGUAGCGAAAAUAGUAGGAACAAUCGUAUGUGUCGCUGGAGCUGCUUCUAUGGCCUUAAUAAAAGGCCCUAAAUUACUGAACUCAGAAAUGUUACCUAAAAAUAUAACCGUUCUCAAUAUGCUAGGAGUCGUUCAACCCGAACACGAUACCUGGUUUCUUGGCUGUGUUCUUCUCUUUGUUAGCAGUUGCUUUUGGGCAUUUUGGAUCGUCAUGCUGGUACCAGUUUCAAAGCACUGUCCAGACCCAGUUAUUUCCGGCACAUGGAUGUUAUUCAUCGCCACAAUACUAAAUGGCCUCUUUACCGUUCUAGUAGACGACAACACAAAAGUCUGGACUCUUCCUACUCCAUUACAACUCGCCACUUGUGUAUACGCCGGUACAACCUCCGCAUUCUCCUUUUGUGUUCAAUCUUGGUGUGUUUCACGAAGAGGCCCGCUUUUCACUGCCUUAUUCAACCCUGUUUGCACUGUCAUCACAACAUUCGUUUCUUCUCUAUUUCUACAUGAAGACCUAUACGUUGGCAGUUUAAUGGGUGCAAUUUCAGUCAUAAUUGGCUUAUAUAUUGUAUUAUGGGGUAAAGCUAAAGAUGUGCAAGGCAUGAAACCACAACUUGUCACAGCUGAUGAACAACAUGGACUUAUUAUUGAUGAUUCUGAAAAGGAUCUAGAACAGCCUCUGCUACGUGAUGAUGAUGAGCAACAAUCUGAACAUGACAAUGUUUUCAAAUGUGAUAAAGCGUGACGGCCACUUGUUGUUGUUAUGAUAAUUUUUUUAAUUCUAGACAUGGGAUGGAGAUUAUUAUUUUUUUGGUGUUUGGAUCUGUGUUGUAGGAUUUUAAUUAGAUCCAUGGAUAUAAUUAGUUUGUGUUUGAUUUUGGGUGUCACAAAGGGGCAGGGGGUUUUAGAAUUAUAUGUAAAAAUCUAGUCAAGAUGAAUAUAUAUGGUAUACAUAUGAACAUAACCUCCAAAUCCAACUCUUUUCCACGUGUAUUCUUCUUAACUUAAAUUGUCCAAAACUUUGUGUCCCAUCACUCUUAAUAAAAUGAGGAGAGUAUCCAUACUUUUUCUACU